GAAUAUUAUAGAAUCAUUAACUAGUUAUUAUGUUAUUGAUACAAUUAUGAGUUAUGUCGUUUGAGAUUAUAUUUAAGACUAGUGUCUAGUUUAUUAUUUAAGACAUUUCAGAAAAUUAAAGUAAUAACUAUUUCUGUUGUAAUUUAAGAUUAUAAKCAAAUUAUUACAAAACUGUUUACACAUAAAGCGGGAGCUGAAGAUAAGGUUUGUUACACUUUGAUUACAUCGGUAUCACAAGGUAGAAUUUAUACCUUUUUUCAAUAUGGAUAAUUUAAAAAAACCAAAUAUUACAAAAAAGAAAAAUGAACAUUUAUCAAAAAAUGUACUUGAAACAUUAAAAAGAAAAAAGGAAUGCGAGAAAAAAGCAUUAGACAUUGUGGUAGAGUUAAUUGAUGGUGGAUUGGAAGAAGCAGACUUGUUAAAUAAGCUGGGUUCAAUUAAUGCUUGCCACUAUGAAGAUGUAAUAGAAGAAAGAUUUAUAUUGAAACAAUGUGGGUAUGUGAUGUGUGAAAAGAAGUUGAACGAUAUACCAAAUCAAAAAUAUAAGAUAUCAUUAGCCCUCAAAAAGGUGUAUGAUAUUACAGAAAGAAAGAAAUUUUGCUCCAAUGUGUGUUAUAAAAGUUCAAAAUAUUUACAAAAUCAACUACUUACCACACCACUGUGGCUACGUGAAAAAAAUACAAUUCCAAAAUUUAAAUUAUUUAACACUCAUACAGAAAAGGAUGUUCCAUACCAUUUUCACGACAUACCCAAUGGUCACACAAAAUCAUCAACGCCAUUAAUUACUGUUCCUACACCUAGUGAUACCAAUGAAAUCAAGCAAAAUGUUUUUUGAUUAAAAAAUGAUUAAUAUUUUAUAGUA